GUUCUGCGUGUACUCUUCGUUACUCCAAUUGGUCCAAAGUAAAAUGGAAAUGAAAUUAACCAAGAUGGCGCCGGGAGACAGAGGAAAGUGAUGCCAGAGAGGAACAACAAGCGUCACAGCUGCCACAACAAUGUGCACAUAUUAUCUCUUUGCAGCUGAUUACAACCAGAUUUGUGAGGCGUCUCUGAGCAGCUGACGUCCCGAGGAGCCGCGGAGAUAAAGCUACUCUGGUUAACUGUUUGCGAACAAGCGGCUACAACUGGCUAACGUUUAGCUUCCUUCAACUGCGGAAGACGAGCAAGGGAAGAAGGCAACAGAUCCACGUUGAAGUGCAGUUGUUUAAAAAGUGACGGCUCCAUAUCAUACAUUUACCAGCUUUACGGAUUCGGUUGGACUCAGAACGGUUGUCGGGAAAGUUGCGGUGUUGUUCUGAGAAGGUGAGCUGAAGAGACGAGGAGAGGCGUCAUCUUUGCUUCCUUGACGCCAUGGCGCACUCGCCUCUUCAGAGUGGACUGCCGGGAGUUCAGAAUUUCAACGCUGAUCCGGAGGAACUUUUCACCAAGCAGGAGCGGAUAGGAAAAGGCUCCUUUGGAGAAGUCUUUAAAGGCAUCGACAGAAAGACUCAGAAAGUUGUGGCCAUUAAAAUUAUCGACCUCGAGGAGGCAGAGGAUGAAAUAGAAGAUAUUCAACAAGAAAUCACAGUGCUAAGCCAAUGUGACAGUCCCUUUAUCACCAAAUACCAUGGAUCUUAUCUCAAGGGUACAAAAUUAUGGAUUAUUAUGGAAUAUUUAGGAGGAGGAUCUGCUCUGGAUUUGUUGGAACCAGGUACCUUGGAUGAAACACAGAUAGCAACAAUCCUGAGGGAAAUUCUGCAAGGACUCGAGUAUCUGCACUCUGAGAAGAAAAUCCACAGAGAUAUCAAAGCUGCCAACGUGUUGCUGUCAGAGCAAGGGGAAGUGAAGCUGGCGGACUUCGGUGUGGCGGGUCAGUUGACGGACACGCAAAUAAAGAGGAAUACUUUCGUUGGAACACCCUUCUGGAUGGCACCUGAGGUCAUUAAGCAAUCCGCCUACGAUUCAAAGGCAGAUAUCUGGUCCUUGGGGAUAACGGCUAUAGAACUAGCUAAAGGAGAGCCGCCCCACUCUGAGCUUCAUCCUAUGAAAGUCUUAUUCCUCAUCCCAAAGAACAACCCACCAACACUGGAAGGAAACUACAGUAAACUCCUGAAAGAGUUUGUUGAAGCCUGUUUAAAUAAGGACCCUAGCUUUAGGCCAACAGCUAAAGAGUUGUUAAAACACAAAUUUAUCACGAGGCACUCCAAAAAGACGACCUAUCUGACUGAGCUGAUCGACCGAUACAAGAGGUGGAAAUCAGAGCAGUCACGGGAUGACUCAAGUUCUGAUGAAUCGGAUCAGGAGCUGAAGGAGGGCAGCAAAACUAAAAGCAACGACAACUGGAUCUUUGGCACCAUCAAAGACCACAGUCCGGUUGAGGAGUCACCACCUGAGCCUGUUCUGUUGGCUGAGCCUGUAGAGCUGCAGGUGGGGCAGACUUCAGACAGCCUUUCAUCACAAAGCUUAACAUCGAUAUUCUCUCCAUUGUUCUCUGAGUUAAGAGAAACUGGCAAGAUGAGUAAUGGAAAGCCAGAAGCUGCAGAGGAGCUGAGGAAGGCCAUUUUCCUGGCAGAGAACAUGCACCCUGGGAUCUGUGACUCUCUGGUGGCCGAACUACUGCAGAGACUUCAGAGGUUUUCUGUGCCGUAGGCAGCUGCCACUCAGUGACGGCCGUUUUGUCCCGCUCUGUUUUGCUCUCUCACCCUGACGGCAGCAGUCAGAUCUCCUCCUCUGUCCUCCUCAGCUGAGAUGAAGUCUCCCAGGAAGGUCUACACUCUAAAUUUGCCUGAAGCAAAAACUCCUGGCCUCCUUAAUGUCUGUUCAUCUGCAAGCAGAAGCAGAGCACCAGAGGGUUUUAUACAGGCUAGUCAGUGGUUGCUCAUCCGGCUGCCCUCUCCAGUGUCCCCUCUCUGUACCUCUUUUUCAACUAUUUUAUUUUUAGACUGGAGUUGCUGAUCUUUCUAAAAGGAGUCUUGAGUUUUUGGUUUUAUAAAGGUUUACACUCUUCCCUUGCUUAGUUAGUUGUGUGCGUGUGGUUGUGAGAGAUAACGAGUGGGUGAAGGCGAUCUGUUGAAAACUCAGGUAUCCUGCUUUAAGUAGAUUCGGUCCUAUGGAAGAUGGAAGGAGCUCUUAUUGGAUGGUUGUACAGACUUGUAAAUAAGCUAAUUUCUAUUGAUUGUUGAAAGCAUAACAGGACGUUUGAAACAUAAUGGCUAAAUGCAAAUUAUAGGCUGUUGGGUAAAGAUUGCCUUGCUCCUGUACGUCUUUUGUUCAUCCGUGUUUGAAUUUUAUUCCUCCUCUCCAGCUUAAGUUUUUGUCCUUCCACCAUUGUUUUGCUGUUGAUUCUCUUUACCUUUUUGAAUCUUUGCUGUGGCUGUAAUGUUGUGGUAGAAUGUAAAAGCUGGCUGGGUUUUUGAAGCCUCCCCAGUUCAAACACUGGAUGCUGCUUCCAGCCUUCAUUCCAGGAGAAGUGGGGUUUGAGCAGGUUUGUCCGGCUCGGCUCCAUCAUCUCAUUUUUGCUGUGCGUGAUUGCUCAGAUAAAGCUGAGGUUUCGUCCAUUCAUUCCAUUAAAAUGGCAGUGCCAUCAUCUUGUUCAUAAAUCAGCAGACUCUCUUAGUCUUCCUAGGAGCUGCAGCGGUACUUCCUCUGGGUACCUUUAAUUGCACUUCAAGUAUAAUUGCCUUUUACUACAAGCAAAGUAGCCAUAAAGCAGUAGCAUGACUCUUGCAGUAUUUUUUGCAGGAAUGCACCGUAUUACCGAGAGAGAACCGUCGACUUGAACUCUGGAGUGCAGCGCAGUAUUUAUCUGGUUGUGCAUUUCCAUUUGGACUUAAUGUGAGAUAUAUAUAUAUAUAUUUUUUUUUAUACAGGCACAUCUCGGUGUAUUAGAAUAUCAUAGAAUAGCUCAUAUACUUUACAAAUUUAAUUCGAAAUGUAUUAAACACAGUGAUGGAUUUCAAGUGUUUAUUUCUGGUAAUUGUAAUGAUUGUCUUAUUGUGAAAGGAAACCCAAAAGUUUAGUUUUUCAGAAAAUUUAAGUAUUACAUACCAGACCAAAAAAAAAAAACAUUUCAGCAUACAGAAAUGUAAACCUACUAAGAAGUAUGUCCUGUAAAUGAACUGAGUACUUGCUUAGGGCUCAUUUUGCAUGAGUUACUGAAUCAGUGAGACGCUGCAUGGAGGUAAUCAACCAGUGGUACCCUCCUGACGUCUUGUUCAGGAAGGGGCUCUCAAUACGUCUGUGUGUGUGGUUCGCAGACCAUUGACUCCAGCUGUCACGCACACCCUGAGAAUCUCCCUCCAUACUCCUGGCUUUACAAUCCUCUCAAGGCUGUUGUUAUCCCUGUUGCUUGUGCAACACGUUUUCACCUUCCACUAAACUUUCCAUUAAUACGCCUGGUUACAGCCCUCUGCGCAGAGCCAGCUUCUUAAGCAGUGGCCUUUUUUGCUUAUGCCUUCCUGUGGAGGGGGUCAGUGGCUGGCUGCUGGACAAGUAUGUGAAACCAUAACAUGGGUUUUCAUUCGCUGUAACAUAUAAUAAUCAAAAUGAACAGAAAUAAACAUUUGAACUGUAUCAAACUUAGUGUAAUGAUUCUGUAUAAUAUUAGUUUAACGUUUUGUGUUUAAUUACAGAAAUAAACCUUUCAGUGAUAUUCUAAUUUAUGAAGACGCCCCUUUAGUCACUCAACGAUUGUGCUUUGAAAUCCCACAUUAGUUGAAACUGCUGUCAGAUGUAAAUAUUGAGAAGCCAGAGACCAGCUGCCCUCUUACUACUAUUUUAAAGGAUUGUUUAUAAUAGUGCUAACAGUAUAGAGCCUAUAGACUGGCCUGGGUAGUAUGCGUUGUAGCAUGCUGUUACAGGAUGGAAAGAUUGUCGAGUCCUAAGCAGUGAUAAAGCCGCCUUAAAGUAUUUGUAAUGAAUGAGAUCAAUAUUAUCAGCUUUAAAAAGGUUGGAUUGGAUUUUUGUUUUCAUGCCAUUUCCUGUUUUUGCUUGUUUUGCAUUAAAUGCAGUAAUUCUUGUUGAGAAAAAAAUAAAAGAUCAAAAGUAUGGCUUUCUUUUCUUUCCAUGAAACAUGUUAUCAAGCUGUUGUUGUCGGGCAGAAAGAAGUUCUCAUCGGUCUUUGGAUUCUGGUGUUAUGCUCUUCGUGCCACGAGGCAGUAUGUGUGCGCAGCUUAAGUUAAAGGAACAGUUUUUUUAAAAGUUGGGGAUUAGGCAUGGGAUUGUCACAGUUCACAUGUUUACUAAUACUGUGGUCUCCUUUGUUUACACCUAAACUAAAAGCAAAUAAUGUAUAAAAUGAUCAAAAUGUUGCUUCUAAAAUAAUAAAACGUAGAUUUUUAGGAUCUAAACGUUUUUUGUUCUUUACAUAGAAUUAACACAAUAAAUUUAACAGUUUCAAGUGCUUGUUGCUCAUAAUGUUAUUCUUUUUGGCUGUUCUGCUCUUCAUGGAUUAACACAAACAUAUAACAAGCUUAUAUUAGUUGACAUUAUAAGUGUUGCUUAAAUAGGAGUGAUGUUCUUCAAUUCCUAUAACAACCAGAAAUAUUUUCAAACAACCCAGUUUAUUUUUUUUUUUGUAAGCGAUGGAAAGGUGUCGUAGUUGUCUUUCAGCCAGCUUGACCCCACAGAGUGCAGCAACAGGUUAGGGAUGGAGAAAUACUGUCUGUCUUUUACUGGCCGUCCAUUAACAGGAGUCUAAAUUAUAGGAAUUGAAUGAAAGGAAACUUCAGGUGUUUUGAAUCCUUAUCUGUAGUUACGGCCAAGGAGGACACUUUAUGUUUCACACAUCUGGUAAAAACUAGUCACUCUGCAACAAAAGCAGUAACUUUUUUAAAACCUUUGCAUACUUUGAUUACCGUUAACCAACCCAUGGCUUCGUCUCUCUAUCAGUUUACCAGCUCAUGCAUUUCUUAAACUAAGCAACUGUUCCUUCAACUUUCAGAUCGUGCCUUUGAAAGAACUCGUCCGUUUUAUUUCAGUCCGUCUCUGUGACAUUCAGCUUGUUGCUGAAGUGAAUGCAGUAAUGAUUGUCAGAGAUCAGCUAACCAGAUCAAAAGCCACAAAUAUAGCUUAGCUUUUGUUUUGUCUCUGCUGUUCUGUAAAACGUUUUUGUAAAAUGUGCCAUUUUAGUGAUUUGUCCCUCUCUGAUAAAAAUGCAACAUCAUUUGCACCUUUUGCAUGUAUCUUUUUAUGUGUUGCACUUUCUGGGGUUUCUUUAAGUUUUGCAAGUGGUACUUGAGGCUAAAUAUGAGCGUCAUUUCUUUAUAAAAGAAAAAGGCAAAUCUUCAGCUGAUCUGUUUUUUCUCCCUAGUUUGGGUCCAUGGUUCUGUUCAAGUUUCUGUUAACACUGGAAAGCAAUCAUUUAAAGUGUACAUUUCAUUUUGUGUGACUUUGCUGGCAAUUUGUAGUGCGGUCUCCACAUUUGCUUAUUCACGGCAGUGCUGUUGGAUUUAUUGAAUGCUGUCAAAUGAUUAUGAACAAAAAUAAUUAAAAAACUUCAUUUGAAAAUCUAAGUUUUGACAUUUGUUUUCCUCAUUAAAACUUCAGUGCCUUUUUUGAAAAUAUUGAUUGUAGUUCUUUUGAUUUGAAAUUGGUACUAAAUUACUACAGAAAAAAAUGUAAAUGUUUUAGGUUUUACACUUUAGACACCAACUAUUUUCCUUUCCCUUAAAGAUAUCUUAAACAAUCCUAUUUAAUCAAGGAAGUGCAGGGAUGUCAAGAAGAUAGUGAGAACCUCUUAUACUGCUGAAUAAAACUCUUCUAGGAGCUAAAAUGAUGAAUUUAUCUAAAAAUGUGUUGUGUAUUUAUUGGUGAUUCAAACUGAAAUAAAUAUUUGUAGACUUCUA